CGCUGACUAAAACACGGACGCUAGUAGAGCGAGCAGUGUGUUUUUUCUCGAUUUUCUUCGUGUUUGAAGUCUAUCUGCUGAAAUCCUGGUCUGCGAAUGGAAGAAUUACACCUCGAUAUUAGGGAUAAUCGCAUUUAGACGCGUGUCAACGAUCCUGGAACUCAAAACAGAGCCGUAAUGGACCGAUUUGAGAAAAAGCUUCGGAAAAAGUUGGAAAAAGCUCAAAAUGACGGAAACUUUGAAGAAAUCUUUCGCGUCCGAUCGGAGCUGUCAAUUAAAAAGCAAGAAGCUGGCAAUUUUGAUGAUGCAGUUGACGAGCUAAAGGAGCUCUUGGGUGACCUGUCGAAGGACAAGAAUAAACUACGAGUUGCCUUAGCGCAUCGGAUAACUGGAGAAGCCCUCAUCAACACCAACGAUGUCACUCAGGCCCACCAGGCUGAAAAGCACUUUAAAGCCUAUCUAGCUCUAGCUGAAAAGGAAGGGGAUCAGAUCGAAAUGCAACGAGCUGAAGCAUCCAUUGCUCGAUAUUAUUUUUAUGAAAGCCAGUUAACCGACAUAGAGUCUGACAAGAAAAAGUUCCUGCAACUUUCUUACAAAGCAAAUCAAAAGAGCUUGAAAUUGGCAAUCGCCUUGGAAGAAGCUGACAAGAUUUCUCAUAAAGAUGCUGCUGAAAUGAAGUCGAGAAUCUACAUGAACAUUGCUUUGGCGUUUGAAAUAGAAGGAAAAAUUGAUGAAGCUGAGAAAAGUGCUUCUAAGGCGGUCAGUGUCUGUCGUAAGAACAGCUGCUCGUAUUACGACUUGGCUAAAUGUCUGAAAGUGUUUGGCGUUAUCAAGAGUAAAACAAGCCUCGCUGAGGGGAUGAAGUCGAUUAAUGAAGCCUUGAGUCUUGCUGAGGCCAUUUCGGACUCAACUGGAAGAGAUUUGCAGCUGGAAAUUUUAGAGGCGAAGGCUGAGAUGCUGCUUGGGCUUGGAGACUUUGACCAAGCAAAGGCGUGCUUGUGUGCAGCCUACUUGGUUAACUCAAACGAAAGCAAAGAACAAAUCACCAUGCACUUGAAAAAGGUUGUCUUUGUCUUGAACACGCUUGAGGAACUUAAAAAUAUGGAGGAAGAAAACUAUGCAGAGAGAAAGAGACUGUUUGAGCUGCUAGGAGAUUACUCAACUGACUUGAAGGCAUACCCCAAAGCAGUCACUUAUUACAAAAAGAUGCUAGAGUAUUCAGAAAAACUGGACGAAGACGCGAAAAGCAGAAGCGCUGCCUUGGUUUCCAUUGCAAUUAGCUAUGCGGAUAUGAGGGCAUUUGAAAAAGGCAUUGAAUAUUACGAAAGAGAGCGCGAGCUGUGGGCUCACAGCCCAAAAGAGGAGUGCAACAGUAGGAUCAACCUCGCCAAUUUGUGCGAAAGACGCAACGACAACGCCGCCCAACUGGAACAUCUGAAGCACGCGAGAGCCUUGGCCGUGUCUAGCCAGAAUGUGCAGUUGCAAGUGGAUGUCAUCAAACUCCUGCUCAACUACCACAAAAAUUACGGCGACUCGCAGGACCAAGGAAUAAUCGAAGACUUGGAGAAUGAAAUUCUAAAUCUGCGGAGUAAUCUUGGCAGCCAAGAAGAGGACAGUCAGCCCAUGGACAUUGAGGAAGUAGAAACAGUCGAAGCCCACGAGAGCAUUGAUUUGGAUGCGCUUCCUGAGCUUAAACCAAAGGUUUCGAGAGAAAGUCGUACAAGGCGGAGACCAGGGUCAAUGAUGACGAAGAAUGAAAAGGGAGAAACUCCUCUUCAUUUAAAUUGCAUUAAGGGAAACCUGGCCAGAGUGCAAUCGCUCGUGAAAAAUGGACAUCCCGUGACUGUAUACGACAACAGUGGCUGGACCCCGAUCCACGAGGCUGCUCAUCAUGGGCACGCUGAAGUAGUCAAAUUUCUCAUUGAAAACGGGGCAAAUGUCAAUGAGCAGGGAAAAUUUGACGCCAAGGCUGUUGAUGGAUUUACACCAUUGAUUGAUGCCGCUUCCUGGGGGCAGGUUACUGUUAUGGAGCUUCUGUUAGAUAUGGGCGCCAAAGUAGAGCUCAAGACAACGAAGCGAGAAAAUGCUGUGAACAUUUUCGAUGAAUGGUACUCUAGAAAUAAACCUGGACUAACAGAGGACGAAAUUGAGAGAUGUGAGGCUGUGCGGCAAAGAAUGGUUGAAGCUCUCUUGAAAGUUGGAGAGAGUGUAGAGGCGCAGUCGUCUGCAGAGCCAGAGUUUGUAAUAGGGACAGAUGACGAUCAAAACAGGGGAAACACUGCUGGCACUCAACCAGCGCUGGUCAGGAGCAGACUAUCAAGGGAUUCACAAGAUGAUAACGAGCUGCGCACCAUGAAGAGGAGGAAGGAGACCCAGAGAAUUCUUUACUCUGAUGAUGAUUAUGAUGACGAUGAUUCCGCUCGUCCAUCAGCAAGAAGAAGAGGAGGAGCAUCUGAAAGUGAUGAUGAUAGUCCUUUACUUGGCCGCCGAGGAGAAAAAUCGCAUUCAUCUGUGAGCGAGUAUCGAAAUGCUGUAGAAAGUGUGAAAAGGAGAAACGUACCCACACAGCCGAGAGCUCCUCUGAAGUACAAUCAGCAACUUUCUGCUUUAGUGUCUGAGGAAAUUGCCAAUCAAGAGUGGCUCGUGGACGACAUUGGCGCAAGCACUUCAAGGGCUGGUUCAUUCAAGAGAAAGCUCUCGAGUGGAACGAGGUCUGAUUCUCAACAUAAACGCAGCAAAAGGAAAAGUCUGGUGUCGUCCAGUUCAUCUGGUGCAUCCUCUCCAGAAAUAGUCCCCCUAGAGACUGAACAAACGUUUGAACGUGAAUACCAUUACGUGAGUCCUGACUCUGAAUCGUCAAGUGAAGAGGACGUAGGACCUAAAUUCAUUGAAAAACGACUGCCUAGGAUCUCUCCAGCUAAAAAAAGCCCAGCCAAAAGACAGCGAAUCAUUACCAACCCCGAGAAGAUCAAAACUAGCGCAUCGCCAAAGAAACUUUUCCCUGCGGAUGAGAACAUCAGUGUUAGAGCCAAAAUCCAGGGCAAGAUUUUGCUAGUGCCAAUAAGUGGGAGAAAUAUAUCAUUAGGAACCUUGGCGGAAAAAAUCGCUGAACGCUACAUGAAAUUGGAAGGAAUGGAGCCAAAAUUGACUUUGACUACUUCUGAUGGCGCUAUCAUGUCUCCAGAAGACCCCAUCAGUGUUAUAUUGAGGCCAAAUGAAACUGAACUUGAGGUCUGCGCCAUCGUGGAAUCCCUCAUUCUGCCACCUGUGUCCAAGAGAUAUAAGGAAGCGUGCAAAGCAGACAAAAUACGCGAGGAUAGCCACGUCUUGCGUUGUUUGGAAGGAUCUCAGGCCACUAUGGAACUGAUGUUGAAGAAUUUGCCUCUUGGAUCGCAAAUCACACCGAUAUUUAAAUGCAUUUUGAAAGAAACGUCACUGCAAUCCAUCAACUUGUCAGGCUGCGGUAUUGAAGACCCAGGGGUUGAGAUGCUGAGCACAGCUUUGAGCUCCCUUGUGAACCUACAAAGUCUUAAUCUUGCCUGCAACUAUGUCACUUCAAAAGGGAUCAUUGUUUUGGGUGACAGGGUGGAACAGUCAAAUUGUUUGAAGGCCCUGAGAGUGUUGGACUUGAGCUCCAAUAUGCUUGGUGAAGACGGUUUGAAAUCGCUAGCUCAUUUGUUGGAAAAUUUGGAACUCACUUCACUCAACAUCAGCGACUGUGAUUUAGAGCUACCUGAGAGUUACUCUGACAUUCCUUUUCUUGCAUUGGAUUCUAUUGAAGACUUGAACGUUAGCCACAACGGUCUCUCCUGCAAGGGAAUGUCAUUCAUAUUUGGCAGAUUAAACGCUUGGAAUUUGAAGAAAUUGGAUAUCUCUUACAAUGAAGGGGACGAAAAUAGCGGUGAAACCUCAGUUUCUAAAGAAUUGGAGCUGCUGUUCCUCAAAGUGAUUGCUUCAGAGGAGCCUGGAGGGGUCAUCAAAGAGCUCAACAUUUCUGGCUGCGACUUGGAAGACCAAGAUCUGUGGGGCCUCACAAUUUCUGCAAGCGAAAAGGGCAUCGCUAUCGAGCACAUAAAGAUGUCGUGCAACCCAAAACUGACAGACAUGUGCCUGCAACCCCUGAUGAAACACAGGCCGCUCAUCACCAAGAUUACGGCCACUGGCUGCCCAAAUCUGUACGAUCCCUCUGUAGUUCUCGCUGAGCAUAUUAAAAGUCUGAAAGUAAGUUGCCUUGGAGCUGAACCCCAAAUGUACAACGGUACGAUUCUGAAGGGGCCAGGUGGAUAUUUACAAAUUUCUCAAUAAAAUGUUACUUUAUAU